CCACACCACCCCACGAACAAACGCAAGUUUUAUCAUAACCAUACCAUACCAAACCCCUCCCCCCCCCAAAUCGCCACCACGCCCAAAAAAAACCCCGCCAAGAUGUCCCAGGACACUACCUUACGCGCGGAGGUGAACCGCCGCCUUCUAGAAUCCGGGGAGCUUGAACGCCUAGAAGCGCUCUUCCUGGACCUCCUGAGGGAGUCCGGCUGGUACGAGAACACGAGGAAUACGUGCGCGGAGAAGCUGCGCAGCGGGGAAUUGGCCGGCGGCGGAUUCAAUCGACUUACGGAGGAGGUGGAACGGGAGUGUCGGGAGAAGGUGCCCGAGGAGAUCUACCAGGUUAAGGCUAUCAAGAAGGUUUUGGAGGGGAUGGUUGAGGGAUGAGUGAUAAUUGGAAUUUGAAGGGGAGGGGGGGUUUCCCUUUUUCGAUCUUUAUUCCUUUUCGUCAAUUUGUUAAUAUCCUCCCGAGUAGGAUCUGCGUAGGUGGGGGGGUUGGUCAGUCUGUGAGUGACUAAAGUGGGUUGUUGUACAGUACAGCAUCGGUAGUCUACCUCGUAGAUAGCUAUCAGAAAGCUCUUGGAAAA